AGUAUUGUGUAAUUUGAUGUAAAGCCAGGAGUGACAUCUUAUUGCACCACAGGGUUGGCUAAAUUAAAAUAUUCUAGCUUCACUUUACUCAAGUACUUCAACAUCAUCGCUGUGCUCUAAACAUGCUUUAACCCGUAGUUAAAUGGCAUGUCAAUGUCUUCAUAAAGCCCUGGUAAAGUCUUACCAAAAUAGGCCCUUUUUGUCAGCUUUACAAUGCAACAAUUGACAUGGCGUGUGUCAAACGUCUAAACGUCGGAGUGCGUUCAAAGGGGGACGUCUUGCCACAUGUGAACGUGGCCGGCCGCGGAGCGCGGGGCGUAAGGACGGCCCGCGGCCGGCGUAAGGACGGCCCGCGGCCGGGGCUCGCAUCGCUAAUCAGCGCCGCAGCCGUGGUUCAUAAGACGACGAAAUGCCGCGCUGAACCCGGACCGCGCCGAGCCGUCGCCUCAAGCCGCCGUGGACGUGUCCCUUCCCCUUUGUUCGCCGGAGGGAUCCUCGCACAGACAUGCUCGAUCAAAUAAUUUGAUUGUGACUGGAGGCAACACUGCUCCCAUGGUCCGGAACCUAACUCACUAGAAUGUUCUUGAUGAAUGUACCUACAGUUGCAGCAACUGGCUCAGAAUGGAUAACUGGUGGCCCACCUCAAGGCUAUAGCCUUCCACUCUUCAAUGACUCUGAUACUGAGUUGUCAGGCAGUGGCCCACCUAUCUCGGAUAAGUUGGAGAUGCUCAUAGACAGCCUGAGGAGCUCCCAGUUAUCAUCUAACAUGGACUACGAGAUUGAGGGAAAUGCACCAUCUGGACAAGAAGUUCACUCCCAGUUCUGCAAGGUUGGGAUGGGUCCUUUUGUUGGGCCCAUGUCCAACACCAAAGGUCCCACAGAAAACCAACGUGUAGACAUUUCUUUACCAGUUAACUGUGAAAGUCAGGGAUCUGACAGUGAUGAUUCUGUAGAUCGAGGAAUUGAGGAGGCCAUACUGGAAUACCUAAAGGAAAAGAAUGAUCACAAACGCAAGGCAGAGCCUUCCACCAAUGUUCCCCUGCCAUCCAAAAUUCCCAGGAAAAACCCACUCAUUCCUGAGAUUUCUAAACAACAUUCCGACACUAAUAAGGUUUUAACUGCCAGCAACCAUUUUCUGAAAAAUGAAGUCGAAACCCCAACAGCACCUAUUCUAACCAUGAAAAAGCAUAUUAAAAAAAAGACUCCCUUCAAUGAGAAUCCUGUGAAUAAAAUGAACACAAACAAUGGUGCAAUGACAAACAGUAUAUCAACAAGAGAGCAAAUGCAAUACUUCCCCAAGACAAACUGCAUUAAAGUAAAUUACCCUGUCACAGUCGAGGGUCAGGAAGAUUCACCUGACUCUAGUAGUGAUGAUGGCAUUGAAGAGGCCAUUCAAAGAUACCAGUUAGAGAAAAAAGAGAAGCAGAAUAGAAGUAUGGAAGCUUGCGAACCCCAGAGAUUCAAAGAGGAGUUAGAAUCAAGCAGCGAUGAUGGGAUUGAGGAGGCUAUUCGCUGCUACCAGCUUGAGCAGCAAAAAGGGAAGAGCGUUUUCAAACCGCUCUUUCAUAAGCAAAAACAUAUAAGUCAGUCAACACUGCACCCGAGUGAGAGUACAAGCACAGAUAACUUCAAAAAACACAAACUAAGAAAGAAAAAGAAAAGAACAGCGAAGAAAGUCAGCGUUGUUCUUCCCCCUUCAUCUUUUUCCAAACCCAAGAGUACACUCAUAGGUACCGCCAAAUGUAAAGGAAAUGGGGCACCUUCAUCAGAAGUAGAACCUUUGAGGGAGCAACACAUCCCAGCUACUCCCAAAGUAAAUACAACCACAGAGCUAAUUUGUGCUGAGGCAAUUCUUGACAUUUCGAAAGCUGUCAUGCCAGCAGCAUUUGUCACUAAUGUUGGCCUUAGUGACAUUAAUCCCACUCAACCCUUAUCACAUCCUUCUAACUUCCUGGAUGGUGGAAGUGAUGACAGCUCUGUUGAUAGUGAGGAUGGAAUUGAGCAAGAAAUCAGAAAAUUCCUUGAACAGAAGGCCCAGAUGCACAAACAACCACCCAACUCUGCUGCGAUCACUGCGGAACCAGAUAGCAUGAAAGAGCCAGAGAACGUGAAGACAAAACAAGAUGUACUGCAGAAGAAAGCUGGGAGGUUGUCUUUGACAGCGAAAAGAAAAAAUAAAGAGGAAAAGUGCAAUAUUUCUAAAGAGCCAGUGAUUGAUCACAAAAUUAAUGAAAAUAUGGUCUUUAAAUCUUUGCAAGAACACAUAAAAGGAUCCAGCUCAUUGGUAUAUUCCGAAAGGAUAGAAACACAACCAUCAGCUGAAUUGGAAAAAAUGGAGCGAAGUGGGGACAAAAGCAGCUCCCUGGACAGUGAUGAGGACCUUGACACAGCAAUAAAAGACCUGCUUAAGACAAAGAAGAAGUUAACAAAAAGGGAAAGAGAUAUGAAGCUCGAAACAAGAUUCAAGAAUGCAGAUCUUCAAUUAAGAAAACCUUUGCAGGCAAAAACAAUCAAGACAAGUCCUAUUUCCAAGCAUGGCGGUUUAAAAAAACUUCACAAGAGCAGAUAUGGAACUAGAGAAAACUCUAAAUUGAGCAAACAGAGCAUGUUACAGUUCAAAAAAAGUAACAAGAAAAGUGAACAAAUCAUCCAGAUGGCAGACACAGACAAACAGAAAGGAGCAGAGGAUAGAGACUUUCAGAUGCAACACAAUAACCUGGAAGAAAACAGUUCAGUAGACAGCGAUGACAGCAUUGAGCAAGAGAUCAGAAAGUUCCUGGCUGAAAAAGCUAAGACUUCUACUACAGCAAAAACAAAAGAGGAAAAUCUGCAGAGCAAAGGUGCAGUUGAAGCUUGUUCCCCAUUUCCAGAUACUGGUAUUAAAUUGGAAAAUCAGCUGGCUGAAAUUCCAAGAAAUUUCACUCCUCUCUCUGAACCAGCUCUGCCAAGUCCUGAAAACAAAACAUCUCACGAUAAAGAAGAAUUUCCAACUACACAGACUGCACUGCCCAAAACAUCCAGUUCCCCUGCCACUACAAGUGCAUCAUCACCCUUCUCAGCCCUCUCUGACAACCCCAUUCUCUUUGAGCCAGCAGAUGGUGCUGGGGCAGCUAGAACAGAGAAAAGAAGGUUUAACAUUAAGAGCAGCACGAUUCAGAAUUUAACCCCAGACAUGGGGAGAGGUCAGCCCCAUUUGAGUCCCAACAUUGCCCAGUCUUACUUUAACGCAAAGUGGCAUCACAGCCUGGGACCCCCCACUACUGAAACAAGGGGUGCAUAUUUUGGUGGAACUCAAUUCCCUUUCACUUCAUUCAGAAACAGUGAGAAUGAAUCAGCUGCCUUACCAUGUCAAAGGGGGGACAUUACCACCAAACCACAGACAUCUGUCUCUAUACCAGGAGCAGUAACAUGGAGUAGCAGAUCAUCUCCAUCUUUCCACAGCUCUUCAGAGAAUCUUGUCAGUACUAUGCCCGCUCCCACCUUUUUCAAUCCUUUGUCUGCAGUAAGGCUGUACCAAGGGACGUCCUUCUUAAAGAGCAUUGCACCUGAAGGCCACAGGUCAUCAGAACCUAGAUCAGAGCAGAAUGAGGUUACAGCAUAUAAUUCUAGCGAACAGGGUGCAUUUGUUAAACUGGCCUCAAACAGGAGCACCCACAUCCAGGUCCAAAGCAGGGAGAUGAGCAAGAGAGGGAACUUGACAAGCAAGGAGGAAGAAGGGGAGAGCAUGAGGACAGAUGUACAGUUGGGAAGAGCAGAGAAUGUUGUAGACAAGAAAGGUUCUGAUUCAGAUGAAAGAGGGAAUCUGGAAACGAAGAAAGGGUUUUCCACUUUACUCUACAUUGGCGUUAAUGAAGCACCUUGAAAACUACUUCAAAAAGGGUCUGUGGUCAACAGAUGUGUGGUGCACACCUGUAUCCUUUCUUACGUGUUAAGAUCUUAAAUUACAUCUUCCAGUUAGGCUUUCUGUUCUGGACACAGUGCUCCAAACACUACCUGGUUUAUAGUUAAAACAUAUGAUUUAAAUUAACAAGCCGCUUUUUGACAAACACAACGUUAGGCUUUAUGACCUCUGUUCUAUAUGUUGUCACAGAGUCCAUAGAUUUCACACAGUAACUAUAACGUCUUACUUGACCUGGCAUUUAGUAUAUUAUUUUUUGUCUGUCAUAUAGUUUUCUUGAAUUUUCUAUUUGAAAAAAAAAAGUUAUUUAUUUUUGUUUAUCAGGAACAAAUAUGUACUGAACAUGCUGUGCAUCGCCAGUCUUUGUAAAUAUUGAAAUAAAAUGAUUUUUCCCCCUUUACCCUUUCGAGAUUAAAGAAACUUUUGCUGUAUCUAAGUUUAACUGUAAUAAAAAGUGGAUUCAAAAUGGCAGUGACUCAUUAUUAAUAGUAUUAGUAGUAGUGGUGGUAGUAUUAGUAGUUAUAUCCAGCACUCGUGUCUUUAUUUGUUUCCUUUUAGGAGGGGGGGCAGGUAAAAUGUAAUUAUCAUAAGCUCCUAGAUCAUUAGGUGA